CUACGGUGUGAAACUGAGACUUUAUAUGUGUUCAACAUUAUUGUCUAAAAUAAAUAAAUAGAUAGCUGAGUUUUUGGUGCUUUUUUUUCUCCACAAGAAGCAAAUCACAGUUUUAUUGAAGCCUGCGUUUUCUCUUCUUCUGCAUCACCACAUCUAAUGGCUUCUUCCACCCUCAACAGAUGGUUGAGGCCCGAGGUGUAUCCUUUGUUCGCGGCUGUUGGUGUAGCUGUUGGGAUAUGUGGCAUGCAACUGAUCAGGAAUAUCUCCACAAAUCCUGAAGUGAGAGUCAAUAAGCAGAAUAGAGCUGCAGGAGUGCUCGACAACUUCGACGAGGGAGAGAGAUACGCGGAACACGGGGUUCGGAAGUUCCUCCGCAACAAAACCCCGCAGAUCAUGCCGUCGAUCAACAAGUUCUUCUCGGAUCCAAACUGAUAGAUCAUCGGCGAUUCUCGAGUUCGCUUUUCACAAUUAUUUUUUGAGUGUUGCUCUCUUAUUGCUGCAUUAAGAAGAGCUUGUAAUUGCCAUUCUAUUCUGGAAUAAAAAUUACAGUAAAUCAUUCAUGGAGAAUAACAGAGGGUUGUAGAACUCUGCGGAAAUAUAAAACAUGUUUUGAUUGAACUA